AUGUCUCGUGUGACAAAAAUUAAACACGUACUGAAGGAGCAAGAGGCAGACGAUUUCGAUGUGCCCAAAGAAAAUCAACAAAUUGUACGCAUCGUUGCCAGCCGGGGCAACAACUUACACGAAGUAGAAACGGCACAGGUUGGUGAGGAAGACCGAUUCCUGGUUUCAAUGCCGGUUAAGUUUCGCAAAAAUGUGUGGAUUAAACGGGGCGACUUUGUGCUGGUCGAACCGAUCGAAGAGGGCAACAAGGUGAAGGCAGAAAUAUGCCGCAUUCUAACGCCGGAACACGUCAAGGUGUUUGAAAAGGAAGGUGUAUGGCCACGGAAGUUUAGCAAAAAACGCGAUUUGGAGGAGGAUUUGGAUGAAGAUGGGCUUUUUCGAAACACGAACCGAAAAUAUGUGGCGCAGGGUUCCGACGACGACGAUGAAGAGGAUGACGAGGAAGAUACGGACGAUGAAGAUGAACCAUCGCGGGAAACAAAUAUCGCCCAAAAACAAUGA